AUGUUCGGGACUGCCGAGCCCUCGUCUCCCGAAGGUGCGAUGUUCGGGGCUUUCGCCUCGUCCGAGGGUUUCUUCUAUCUUGUAUUAUGGUCUAAAUUAAGCCGAUUAAAUGAACAAAAGAAUUAUACUUUCGACGAAAUGAUCGAACAUCUAAAGACACUAUAUGAUGAAAGUGUAUUCGAUAAUCUCGAUGCUGCUCAACAUAUUAAGGAAGUUGCAGAAUUCAAAUUAGAUUCAUUCGCUCCAUCGCCAGAUCAACAGUCAGAUUUAUCUACAUCAACAUCGAAAAAUGAUGAAUUGACAUCAGAACUAUCCAGUUUAACAGAUGAACGACGAACAAAAAAAAUAUCUGUUACUACCACACAACGUAAAGCAAGAACAAGAACACAAACUCCAUAUUCCCCAGCAUCAACCUUAAACAGUUCUCGUUCGCAAUCACAACCAAAUGAUGUUCGACGUCGUGGAAGACGAGCAAAAGAUACAGUAGAUAUACCACCACAAGAAAAAAAUAAUAAAAAAAUAACAACAAGACAACAGAGAACAAGUAAUAGUGAAAAUAGCGGGCCUUCAUUGUCAAGCGCAAAGCCAAAUGAACCAAUUAGUACACGGUCACGAAAAACACCAUGA